GACAGCCCACUCCUACAUGUAAGCACGGAGGUCGCAGCAAAGGGAGAAGACGAAGAAACCCCACCGCUUCAUGUUGCUCUUAAAAACAGCCUGUAUGUAGCUUCACCUCGACUCUCGCCUAAUGUAGCUGCGUGAUUAAACGAAAGGAGAUUAUGACUGAAAACACCUGGGUGCGGCACACUUUAGAUGAAAAAAGCUGUCGCUCUGCCGGAGGUCGUUCGCAUUUUUUUUUUUGCCUUUUGUAUUUCCUUGCUGAAUGUCGUGGACAUUUUGGAUUUUUUUAAUGCUCUCUGUGUUUUAAGUCUGAACCAAUUAAGGAGCACAUUUUCGCCUGUCUUCGCCUUCGUCGGUUAGUUUUGUUCGAGUGACAUUUGGAAGGUAAAUACUACUUUUUUUUUUUUUUUUUUCCUCCUUUCCCCACGUCUGAAAACAACCGAGGAGGAGGAGGGGAGGACGACUGAGUGAAACAACUUGAGGACGGCUUUGCUGAGGAGAAUGUGCGAACUGGGCCAGCUUCGAGUUGCUCUUUAAAGUGGGCAGCGUUAGCCACGUUAGCUGCUAACCCCAGCGAAAGCUACCUUAUUGAACUAACCCCGAAGCGAAAUCUGUGUAAACUACCUUAAUGCCAACUUCUCUGCACGUUUUUUUUUUUUUUCGGAUAGUAGCACCUGGCUCACAACCUUGGGACGCCGUUAAAUGAGACGCUGACUCGACAGUAAUUCAGAUAAGCAAAUUGUUGCUGUUGGAUCUAUCAUCUGCCAUCCACUGGGAUCCAGGCGCUUGAGUCCUAAAUGACAAGUGCCUGAGGAUGUCCAAGCGGAGCUUUUUUGUUCGUCUGGUGCCGUGCCGCUGCUUGCGGGGUGAGGAGGAGGCGGUAACAUCGCUGGACUACUCCCACUGCAGCCUGGAGACUGUUCCUAAGGAGAUCUUUAGCUUUGAGAAGACCCUGCAGGAACUCUACCUCGAUGCCAACCAGAUUGAGGAGCUGCCUAAACAACUGUUUAACUGCCAGUUACUCCAUCGACUGAGCAUGCCAGAUAAUGACCUAUCAGUGUUGCCGGCAGCCAUCGCAAACCUCAUCAAUCUCAGGGAGCUUGAUGUCAGCAAAAACAGUAUCCAGGAGUUUCCAGAAAACAUAAAAAAUUGCAAAGUCCUAGCUAUUGUAGAAGCCAGUGUGAACCCCAUAUCCAAGCUCCCCGAAGGCUUCACCCAGCUUCUGAGUCUGACGCAGCUCUACCUGAAUGAUGCCUUCCUCGAGUUCUUACCAGCCAGCUUUGGCAGGUUGACUAAACUACAGAUCUUAGAGCUGAGGGAGAACCAGUUAAAGAUGUUGCCAAAAAGCAUGCAGAAGCUCACACAGCUGGAGAGGUUGGACCUGGGGAGUAAUGAGUUCACUGAAGUGCCUGAGGUGUUGGAGCAGCUGAGUGGAAUCAAGGAGCUGUGGAUUGAUGGGAACAGACUGUCGUUCUUACCUGGGAUGAUGGGUAUGCUGAAACAGCUGGUAUACCUGGAUGUGUCCAAGAACAACCUGGAAAUGGUAGAUGAGCAAAUCUGCGGCUGUGAGAGUCUGCAGGACCUUCUGCUCUCCAACAAUGCCCUCACACAGCUGCCAGGCUCCAUCGGCUCACUGAAGAAACUGACUGCACUGAAAGUGGAUGAGAACCAGCUGAUAUACUUGCCAGACUCCAUUGGAGGGCUGACAUCUCUGGAUGAGCUGGACUGCAGUUUCAAUGAGAUCGAAGCCUUGCCGUCGUCCGUCGGCCAGUGUGUCAGCAUCCGUACGUUUGCUGCAGAUCAUAACUUCCUUAGCCAGCUUCCCCCUGAGAUGGGCAACUGGAAGAACGCAACUGUGCUCUUCCUACAUUCCAACAAGUUGGAGUCUUUGCCUGAGGAGAUGGGUGACAUGCAGAAGCUCAAGGUCAUAAAUCUCAGCAACAACAAGUUAAAGAAUCUUCCCUACAGUUUCACUAAACUGAACCAGAUGACUGCAAUGUGGCUGUCUGAAAAUCAGUCAAAGCCCCUGAUCCCUCUCCAGAAAGAGGAGGAUCCAGAGACACACAAAACCGUGCUCACCAACUACAUGUUCCCCCAGCAAAUCAGGACUGAGGACUACAUCCCCAACUCUGACUCUGAGAGCUUUAAUCCAGCUCUCUGGGAGGAACAACGCAAGCACCGAGCUCAGGUGGCCUUCGAGUGUGACGAGGACAAGGAUGAGAGAGAAACACCCCCGAGGGAGGGAAACCUGAAGCGCUACCCUACACCAUACCCAGACGAGCUGAAGAACAUGGUGAAGACAGCCCAGUCGGUGGCCCACAGGCUGAAGGAGGACGAGUCGGGUGACGAGUCAGGAAAAGAUGCAAAACCAGUGGAGAGGAACCAUAUUGGAGUGCAGGAUGUGGGAGUAAAGGUGAUAGAGGCACCCUGUCCUAACGGCAUGGCAUCAGACAUGGAGCCCCAAGUCUCUAACAACACACAUGCCCAAAACCUCUCUGCAUCAGAAUCAAAAGACACUUCAGAGUCUUACAGCUCUCAGAAAGUCCCUCUCAAAUCUUCAGGGGGCUCCAUGAUGAACCACGAAGACACACUGGAGGAUUCUGAAGAGCUGUCUGAUGAAGAGGAGGAGAUGAAAAUUGCAGAGAUGAGACCACCUCUUAUUGAGAUCUCCAUCAACCAGCCUAAAGUAGUGACUUUAAGUAAGGACAAAAAAGAUGACGCAGACUCUUUGCUGGAUGAGACAGUGGCCAACAGCAACCAGAACAACAGUAACUGUUCGUCUCCAUCACGCAUGUCUGACUCCGUGUCUCUGACCACAGACAGCAGUCAGGACAACUCUCUGUGCACCCCUGAGAGAGAGGCAAAGAUGCCAUUUUUACCAAAAAGCCGGCAAGAUGAGAACAUGAACCAGCCUAAAGACACCACUCCCCUCCUCCAUAAUGGUAAUGGAUCUGAAACAUCCCUUCAGGCCCUUUUGAAAACCCAACAGACCCCACCGGAGAAAAUGGGAGACUACGACCUUUCCAUGGAAGCCAGACUGGCCUUCAUUGAGAAGGGAAUUAACAAUGGCAUGGGAGAAACUUACACCAAGUGGGACCAGAUUAAUAUGAACGUGUCCAAGUUGCCAACCGACAACAUGGUUCAGAUGGACGAGGUGGACAAAACCAAGAAUGGCUCAGUAACCCGGGAGGACUUGGACAGCAAGCAGGGUUUUAGCAAUGACAACAUGGAGCAUUUUCUGAAUGGAAACCAGCAGGUCAGUGACUGCAUCAAUAGUCUGGGUAACAAAAGCCAAGGGAUGAGAGUAGAGACAUCUGCGGUGCAUGUGGCCUCGACAGGCGUGACAGCCAGCAGUGACAUGUCUCUGUCUCGCAGCACAGAGGAACUGUCUCCAGAGAAAAGGUGCCAUCCCCCGCAGGUGAUGAAGUCUCACAGCGUCAGCAACAUAGAAACAGGAGGCUUGAAGAUAUACUCCUUUGAUGGGGAUAGUGACUCCUAUGACACAACAGGAAUGACUAGAAUGGCUGGAGCCGGCCCUGGGCCAGGGGCUCAGGGCCAGAGCAUAGUCAGGAGCAAGUCAGCUAGUCAGUUACUGAAUGACCAGACUCUCCAGAUCUACCCUGGCUCUUCUGCAUCUUCAUCAGACCUUCUCUCUUCCUCUAAGCCCCCUGCCAGCACCAGCAGAUAUCCAGUGUCCUCCAGCAUGGCCAUGGGCAUCCCUCCUCCUCAGUACAACAUACAGUACACAAGCAGUGCCAUGCCUAAAGAGGGCCUCUGGGCCCAGAGGGCGCCCAUGCCCCCAGAGCACCAAGGCUACCUCCCUCCUCCUCCACACUCACUAGCCAACACCAACUACUCCAACCGUAAUCAGGCACCUCCUUACCCUCUACAGCCCCAGCAGAGGGGGCCUCCAAUGGGUCCCAAACCUUCUGGGGACAUGUGGACUAAGGAGAGACUUCAUUCUACAGGAGGCCAGUCUAGAAGCAGCACUCUGCAGAGGCAAAGCAGCACUGCUUCCACAGCCUCCAUGGGCGACCCGAGGCGCAUGCAGGUACCUGAUGGGGAAUACAUGACGUACAGGGACAUUCACACCCUAGCCAGGGGGCCACUGGCAAUGAGUCAGGCCAUGCAGAGGCCCCUCUCAGCUCGCACUUACAGCAUCGAUGUACCCGGAGCUUCCAGGCCUCUCGGCGCCAGGCCGCAGCCCCACGAGCUUCCAGAGAGGACCAUGUCUGUUAGCGAUUUCAACUACCAGCACAGCAGCCCCAGCAAGAGGCCCAACACCAGGGUGAAGUCCGAGCACUCGCUGCUGGAUGGGCCUGUACAGGUGUCAGGAGGAGUUGGCGCUGGAAGGGUGCCAGUUGACUGGAGAGACCAGGUGAUGCGGCACAUCGAGGCCAAGAAAAUGGAAAAGAAUGCGCUGUCUCGCUCCUAUAAUUCCAAUAACGCUCCGCUGAGCUGGUCUCACUACGGCAGCUGUAGGGAUAUGCAUGCCAGCCAAGGGUCUCUGGUCUUUAGUGCCAGGGACGGACAGCCCUACGGCGCUCUGGGCUUCUGUGUGCCUUUGAUGAACGGUCAGAUGGGCACCACUGGUCGUCCCCAGAUGAGCCAGGCGCCAAUGGCCCGCCACCCUUCCAGAGAGCAGCUCAUUGACUACCUGAUGCUCAAAGUCUCCCAUCAGCCCCAGGGGCCCCCACGCAUGCCCCAAGACGCACUGCAGCAUGAGAUCCGUGUGAAAGUGGAGAAGAAUCCAGAGCUGGGUUUCAGUAUAUCAGGAGGAGUGGGAGGCCGGGGAAAUCCCUUUCGACCAGAUGACAAUGGUAUAUUUGUGACAAGGGUUCAACCUGAGGGACCGGCAUGCAAGGUUCUUCAGCCCGGAGAUAAAAUUAUCCAGGCAAAUGGAUACAGCUUUGUGAAUAUCGAUCAUGGGAAUGCAGUGGCCCUCUUGAAGACGUUUCCAAACACUGUGGAUUUGAUAAUCAUAAGAGAUGUACAAGCAUAGACUCAACUGACCUCUAAAGGCUUGGGGACACGAGAAGGAGAGACGAACAGAGAUUUAUGUUGACUCAUAUUUUUAUACACAGAGGACACUGAUCUGUUGAUACCUGUUGGGACUAUUUAUAGUAGAGAUCUUCAUAGCCUUGAUUAAACGGGGAAAACCACUGAAUGUAGUGGAUCCAAGUGAGACGGCGGCAAACCUCUGCAAGUACGAGUCCUCAAAAGGCCAUCACUGUGGUAUAUAUAUUUUUAUACAAAAGAAGCUGAAGAUACGACCUGCUCUGAAGCAAAUAAUUACUGUGGUCUCUGUACAGAUCAUCUUUUUUCCUUUUUUAUUUUUUUUUUUUUUUGUCGAAAUCUCAUACAUACGUUAACAUAAAUUAGGUUUCAUUUCUGCGGAUUGACAUGAAUUGACCACUAGGGGGCAGGGCUCCAUCCAAUUUGCCUUUUUUUUUCUUUUUUUUUUUUGAUGUUGAAACCAUUUUUUGGUCUACCGUGGGAUCUUUCGUGGAGGACAAUGUUACGUGCUUUUCAUGUGGAGACGAAUGUAGAUUGAGGAGGUUUGUCUGAUUUUUUUUUUUUUUUUUUGCAAAAUCAAAGAGUUGAGAAGAGGAAAUGAUCCACCCCUGCUUCCAUUAAACCUGUGAACAUCCUCCACCGUACAGACACUUCAGUCCUCAGUUCCUCCCAAAUAUCCUCACAGCAACUGCUCGGCAUAUCACCUAACCAGACCACUACCUGAGCUGUGGGGGGGAGGGGGAAUCCUUUGCAAUAUAAAUGAAAUCACAGCUUUUUAGAUGUUGAAGAAAUGCAGUCUGCAUGUGAUCAUUUAAUGAGACUGGAAUAUGGAAAGGAAAUUCAAACAUUGGGGAAAUGGGAGAAAGGAGGUGUAGUAUGUUUGCUCAGCCUUAAUCUGUUACCAGUCAGAAACUUUUGUUUGAAGCAAAGGUUUGACGGUUUGGGAAGUGCGCUUGUUCGCUUUCAGGCGAUGCGUGAAAUAAGAAGAUGGAAGCGCUAGCAGUCGGCUAGCUCUAGCACAAAGACCGGAAACAGAGAGAAACUGUUAUCACGGCUCUGUCCAAAGGUGA